AUGCCAUCUCUCCGUCUGGACCAUGUCCGCGAAGAAGCGAAGAAGAAGAAGCACAUCAAUGGCUGGGUUCUUGAAAAGCAGGAAUCCAGUUGGGCUCCUGCUGGAACAUGGUCCAACAUUGACUUGGACGUGACGCCAGUCGAGAGGCGGACAUGGACGAGCUGGACCAUCUUUGGAUACUGGUUCAGCGACAUCAUCAGCAUUCAGAGCUGGCAGACCGGCAGUACCAUCUUAGCUCUUGGACUGACUUGGCGCGAGGCUAUAUUCGCUAUUGUCUUUGGCUCAUUCGUGAUGGGCGUGCCGAUGGCGUUGAACGGCUACACUGGGGCUAAGACUCACGCUCCGUUCCCAAUUCUGGCUCGAGGAUCAUUUGGAUACCAUCUGGCGAAAUUUCCAGUCAUCGUUCGCUUUAUCACCGCGCUCUUCUGGCAUUCCAUCACCAACUUUCUCGCUGUUGGACCGACGAUACAGGUUAUCAGGGCAGUUUGGCCUUCGUUCCGCACAUUUCCAAAUAGUAUUCCUGCAUCUGCGGGCAUCACCAGUCAGCAGAUGAUCGCGUACUUCGUCGUAUGGACCGUUCAGUUCCCCAUCCUGCUGAUUCCACCACACCGGAUGAAAUGGCUCUUCUUCGUGAAAGUGGUCCUGUGUAUAGGCACGAUCGUCGGAAUGGCAAUCUGGACUUGCACACGUAGCGGCGGCAGCGGGAACAUCUGGGAUCAGCAAGCUACUGUGGCAGGAUCGACUAAGUCCUGGCUGAUCAUGUGGUCCCUGAACAGCUGUACAGCCUCGUGGAGUACGGUUGGAGUGAACAUACCCGACUUUACUCGAUACCUUAGCAAGCCGAAAUCCGCACUGACGCAGGCCAUCUUCUUUCCUAUGAUUGCCAGCUGGGUGGCUAUCAUUGGUGUUGUGGUGGCGUCGGCCUCAUACAUGAUAUACCACGAAUACGUCUGGGACCCGAUCGCCAUCAUUGACUCCUGGGACGGACCAGCUGGACGCGCUGCUGCUUUCUUUGCCGGUUUGUCCUGGGUCAUUGCUCAGAUCUGUGUCAAUAUGUCUGCGACCGUGAUCUCUGGCGCAAAUGAUCUGGCGAAUCUAUUCCCGAAAUGGAUCAACAUCCGGCGUGGUGCGAUUGUCAUCACAAUCAUUGGUGGUUGGGCUAUGGUUCCUUGGAAGAUCUUGCACAGCGCAAGUUCGCUGCUGAGUUUCAUGAAUAAUCUGGGCAUCUUUCUUGCUCCUACAAUGGGCAUUCAAGUCGCCGACUUUUUCGUCGUCAAGAGGCAGCAUCUCGACAUCCCGGCUUUGUACCAGCCGCACGGCCGCUACCGAUAUUAUGGAGGCGUCAACUGGCGCGCAUUGGUGGCGUUGCUUGUGUCGAUUGUUCCUGCGUUGCCGGGUCUGGCGAAUAGCGUGAAUCCGAAUGUGCCAAUUGGCGGCGCGAUUUACCUUGUGCAGUUCAAUUGGUACUACGGUAUCGUGGUCGCUUUUGGAGCGUAUGCUGGGCUCAGUCUAGUCUGGCCUGCGAAGGAGUCCCUUGUGCCAUGCAUGAUUGAGUCGUGUGAGCAUGCUGAAGAGGAGCAGGCGGGUUUCGAGAAGGAGCGUGUAGUGACUACGACUACUACAGCUGAGAAAGACUGA